CUUUGACCAUGGCGAUGGGCAUGGAUGUCGUGGUGGCUCUGGUAGGGGUGCUCUUGGCCCUCAUCAGCCAGAAACCCCUGCAUCGCAUCGAAGAAGGCUCCGUUGGGGUAUACUGGAGAGGCGGCAGACUUCUCAACGUGACGUCCACACCAGGGUACCAUUUGCAGUGGCCGAUCUUGACCACGCACUCCAACGUCCAAGGUCGGUGUGUCCCGCCUCCACUCCCAUGAGCACGCUGACGCGGUCGACUCGAAUAGUGUCCUUCAAAACGACUGUUGUCCAUGACGUUCCGUGUGGCACAGCCAGCGGGGUGCUCAUUCGGUUCCAUCAAGUCGAGAUUGUCCAUCGUUUGCGUUCUGCGUUCGUCCUCGAGUACGACUGUCGUCGUCGUCGUCGUCCUCCCAUGAAUGCCCUCAUACGUCGUGUCCAGCACCGUGCGAAACUACAGCAUGCGCUUUGAGAAGCUGUGGAUCGAAGACGUCACUUACCACGAGAUCAAUUUGCUCUGUUCAAAAUUCUCGCUCGAUCAAGUUUACAUUUCGCACUUUGACCAGCUCGACGAGCUCUUGCAAGCGCGCAUGUCUGCACUGCUUGCGGUGUGGGCUCCCGGGCUUGACAUCAUUUCCAUUCGCCUGACCAAGCCACACGUCCCAGAGGCACUCCGGGAUACUUACGAACUCGUGGAUCAGGAAAAGGCCAAGCUCCUGUUGGCCACCCAGGCGCAGCGAAACGUCCUGAAGCAAGCCGAAACCGACUUCCGCACUGCCGUCUUGGCAAGCGAAAAGGCUGCGGCGCUGAGCCUCAUCCACAUGGAGAAACUGCACGAGCAAGUGCUGGCAUCGCAGCACAUAUCUCGCAUUCAAGACCAGAUGACUGUGAGCCGCGCCAAGGAGACAGCCGACGCCACUUUUUACAAAGCGACCCUCGAGACCAAAUCGUUCCUGGCCAAGUUGACGCCAGCAUACCUGGCCUACCUCCGAGCCACAGCUGGACAGACCAAUAUUCGGUACUACUUUGGUGCGAACAUUCCCCAAGGCUUUGUGGACUCGGCCGCCGACGUCGUUGGGGUGUCUGACGCUCUCCCCGUACCUGGUCGUCGCGAUGGUCAUUAACCUGAACAAUUCCACGUGUCAAGAUGUCCUGGAACCCCGUCGAGUGCGGCGCCCGUCCACGUGCCAGCCAACAUGAUUGCUUGGCACCGAUGUGAUCUUCGAACGCUGUCACUAUCGCGACAAAGUGUAACACAGAGACAUCAUCGAUGCAACGUCGCCGCGCAUUUCGCAGGGUUGCCUUCGUGGUUUUGAG